AUGGGUAGCAGCGAAGGACAGACAUACUGCCUACGAUGGAACAACCACAAGUCGAACUUGGUCGAGAUCCUGGACGCACUGAUCAAGAUGGAGUGCUAUGUCGACUGCACGAUCUACGUCGACGAGCAGGUCCAGUUCAAGGCACACCGGGUUGUGCUGGCGGCCAACUCACCCUACUUCCAGUCGAUCCUGCAGGACGUGCCGAUGGACCACUGCACCAUCCUGUUUCCGGGAGUGCAGGAGUUUGAGAUGCGCGCCCUUCUCGAGUACAUGUACACCGGUGAGGUGAACGUGACACAGGCGCAGAUACCGCGCAUCAUGAAGAUCGCCGAGCAGCUCGAGGUAAAGGGCCUGUACGACAUGGCAGAUCUGAAGGGUCGCUUCGAGGUGGACCAUCCGAUGGGGGAGCGUGGCGAGUCAGGAGCGACUCUAUUGGCGAGCAACAACAACUAUAGUACCAAGGGAGAUCAUGCUGGCGGUGGACCAGCGACUGCUUCGUCCUCCUCGUCAGCAGCUUAUUCACAUGUCCCUCCGACUAGCAGUAACAGUGCCGGCUAUUAUCCGCACCAUCCACACCAUCAGCAGCAGCAGCAGCAGCACCAGUCAUCGCCUGUCAUCUCCACAUCGACCAACAUCUCGAUCGCCCAAAGCAGCAGCUCAUCUCCGCCAUACUCGUACAAGUCGCCCUACUCGAGCCUCUACUCACGCAGCCCUGGCACGGUGGAUCGAGACCGCGAGCGAGAAGAACGUAGCCGUGACCGCUCGUCGUCCUUCUCACAUCCGGCAACCUCACCACAUCGCCAUCCGUCCACGUCCACCUCUUCGGCAUCGUCCGUAUCGGCUCAGAUCGCAAUGCAAGCUCAGGCAGGAUCGCACCCCGCAUCAUCCCACCAGUCCGUGGGUGGUUCAUCCAGUGCCACUUCGAUCUCGGUGCAACCUUCAACGACGGCUGCGGCGGCUGCGGCACUGGCUGCGGGCUGGCCCGGACUUGGACAGACUCAGCUGCACAGCAUGCUCAGCUCGGCCUACGAUUCCAGCACCGAUAUGAAUCCGCUCAAGCGCAAGAAGCUCCAGUCGAUGUCUAGCAUGCUGCGCGACACUCCGAUCCUUCGCAACGUACUGGCUCAGGCGAACCCGGCUGAUUCCUCGCAACCUGGAGGCGUUGGCGUUGUUCCAGCUGGAACGGCUGCUGGCUCCGUAGCAACGAUACAGACGAUCCAGAAGACAUCCGACCCCGAUCGUCCCAGCAGUCAUCACUCCAAUGGCAGUGGAUAUAAGUCAAUCAAGGAACCCUCGCAUUCACCCUACGCCGACAAGUCGUACGAUGACGACCUGCUGGAUUCGCCGCACAACUUCGGUGGAGACGCACGGCUCGCCUCGUACGUGCCUCAUCAGCAGCAGAAGCCAGAAUGGAAGCGCUACAAGCAGUACACCCGAACGGAUAUCCUGAACGCGAUCGACUGCGUGCGGAAGGGCAUGAGUGCGUUGCAGGCGUCGCGUAAGUUUGGUGUCCCAUCCCGUACCCUCUACGACAAGGUGAAGAAGCUGGGCAUCACGACCGGUCGUCCGAUCAACCGAUCGCUCAAAAGGUCUCCCAGUUCGGGUGGAAGUCCGGCCUCGUUUCCUUACGGGUUGAGUGGCACGAGUCAUAUGUUUGGACCAGGGGCUGGAGCUCCCGGAGGCGCCUCACAUUCCGGCGACCAUCACCAUCAGCAGCUGCCGUCACAGUCGCAGCAACAGGACGACGAAGCCAUGGCGCACCAUGAGGCUGGACGAAUGAUCAAACUGGAGCACGGAAGCCACCAUGGCCUACCGCCGACGAUCCCACACCCUGCCGCAGCGCUCCUCGAUCCGUCGUUCCUACAGCAGGCGUUAGAGGCACGUGGUGGCGACAUAGCGGGUCGUGAAGCGCUUCAUGCGAUGGCCUUCGCUGCGGCAGCUCAUGCGGCCGUCAAUGGAAUGAGCACGUCCCCGGGAACUCACGGAACGGCUCGCUCCCCUAGCCCGAACGUGCUGAUGAAGUACAUGCGGUCCGUGUCCAUGAGCUCCCCCGAGGACGAUCGCCAUCAUCCGGCCCAACACCAACACCCUCAGCAGCAUCGUGAUCGAGCGAUGGCCGAGGGACAACCCCCGGUCGAUGGUCGGCAUCACAACGGAUCGGAAACGGCGGCGGCAGCGACGGCAGGGUACGUCAGACGACAGGAACGUCCGAUGGAGCAGGACUCGAUCGACGACGCAGGAAGUGACUGUGGUGGUAGGCCCAACAGUGUUGCUCCGGCAGAGGAAGGACAAGACGAUCACGUCGAGGAUCUCUCGAUGGGCACGAAGCGCGACUCGGAGGAUCGAGGUCCGUCCAUGUCGCCACCGCUUUCCCAUCGUGUCUCCCAGCGAUCACGAUCACCAUCUCCUCAGGCACACGCACCACCACCACCUCCACCACAGCCGCAGCAACAAGGUGUGAUAGUGCCAGCUCCGGGAAAACUGAAGGAGGACUACAACAUCUCAAUCAAACGAGAAAUCAUCGCUGACAGCAAUGCUCCGUCGGAGUCCUCGUAG